AGAAGAUCUGAGGAAACUCACUCCUCCGUGUCUCGGAUACUUUACGGUCCCACGGACGCACCGCCCGCUCCUCAACUCUUUCUUUCCAAUCAUCCGUUCAUUUCGGCACCUGGAACCGAGAGCAGACCUGUCCCGAGAUGAUGUUGAGUGUCGGUCUGUUCGUGUCUCUGGCGGUUUUGUCGGUGUCCGUUACCGGCAGCAGUAACGGGAACCCGCUGGACAGUGAUAAGUGGAUGAGCACCGUGUCCCAGUACGACAAGAGCAAAUACUGGAACAAAUUCCGCGACGAUGAUUACUUCAGAACCUGGAAACCCAAUAAAGCACAAGAUCAAGAGAUGGAGAGCGCGUCGAGCCUGCGGGCAGAACUGGACUCAAUGGCCAAGAGCAGAAACACUGAUAGUCUGGACAGCACUAAAGAUCCCUGUCUGAAGGUUCAUUGUCCUCCUCACAAAGUGUGUGUGAGUCACGAUUUCCAGACAGCCAUCUGCACCAAUCGCAAACCUGCACAGCACAGCAUUAAACCCAGGAAAGGAAGUCUUCCACAUAAGCGCUGGAUGGGAACUAUGAAUCAUGGGAAAUGUAGGCCAUGUCCUGUAGUUCACUCCAGUCUGGUGUGUGGCUCUGACGGACACACGUACUCAUCAAAUUGUAAACUUGAUUUCCAAGCGUGUAUCUCUGGUAAGAGUAUCUCAGUGAAGUGUGAGGGUCCCUGUCCCUGCCUGCCUGCACAGGAAGUCAUCAAACCACACAGAGGGACACACGGCUGCAGUGAUGCUGAUUUGAGAAGUUUAGCGUCCAGACUGAAAGACUGGUUCGGGGUUUUGCACACAGAUGCCAACAGAGACCUUAAAACCAGCACAAGUGACACUGCACAAGGACGUUUUGACACCAGCAUUUUGCCCAUCUGUAAAGAUUCUCUCGGGUGGAUGUUCAACAAGCUGGACAUGAACUAUGACCUCCUCCUCGACCAAUCAGAGCUCAGCGCCAUUUACCUCGACAAGUAUGAACUGUGCAUGCGACCGCUGUUCAACUCCUGCGACUCUUUUAAAGACGGAAAACUCUCCAACAACGAGUGGUGUUACUGUUUCCAAAAACCCGCCGGCAUGCCGUGUCAGAAUGAGAUGAACAGGAUUCACUCUCACAACCGACGGAAGACUCUGAUUGGUGUGUAUGUACCGCGCUGUUCUGAUGACGGGUAUUUUAAGGCCACUCAGUGUCACGGCAGCACCGGUCAGUGUUGGUGUGUCGACAAAUAUGGCAACGAGAUCGCAGGAUCCCGCAGACAGGGCAAUCCUUCAUGUGAGGAAGAUCAGGAGACGUCUGGAGAUUUCGGCAGCGGCGGCGCCGUGAUUCUAUUGGACGAUCAGGAGGAGGAGUCUCCACAGCGUGGGCGGGGCAGACAGAAAGAGAGGCGGGCUCGGCUCCACCCCCGCGGGGCGAUCGAGGACGACGAAGAUGCAGAGGACGACGAGAUGGGCUACGUCUGGUAGCUCCGCCCACCCAUCUUCCGCUAAUUAACCAGGGACCCAUGUUAAAAUGCACAGUUCUGAAGCCAUUCCAGCUCCACCCCCUUGGACACGCCCACUUCCUCUACUGCUCCCAUUCUGAAUCUGAUGUUUGAAAACCUUCCUGAUUAAUUACUGCUAUCAUUCCAUCUCUCUAUCUGUGGCCAGCUGUUCAUGUUCUCUCCUCUGUUCCCCCUCAUUUUGACGGUUUACAUGCAUGACGAAAUCUUUCAGCAUUUCAGAGGUUUCUUUUCAGGAGUUGGAAGUUCUGCACAGAUCUUCUUAAAGGGUUCGAGAGUGUUUACAAUAUAUUUUAGAGAAGUUAUCUGUGGUCGUAUGCAUGGACGCCACUCCAAAACAGAAGAGACAGCCUUUGAGACCUUUGAUGGUGAAGAUCAGGUGGGCCGUUCACACAGAAUGCGUUCUUGCAUCCAUCUGUGCUAUUACUUUUUAUUAUAAAAACACAUUUCUAUUUCAUUCCUCUGCAUUGUUUUAGCUGUUUUUGAAGGCGAGAAUGCUUUCUGAGUGAAUGGCCCUUUAUGCUGCAUUCACAUCAGGAGAUAAUAGGGUGUUUCCUCAACUUCAGUCACAUUAAAACUCAACUGGAAACUUUUUACCAGGGCGUCGUUAUUUAUUUUUGGUACUUUUCAAAUGUCUUUUAUGAAUACAUUUGACUGUUUUAGCCUUGUAGCAGACCCAGACUUUCUAUAUUAAACUAUAAAAGUACAUUAUAAAAAUACAAAUUAUUACGUUUAAGCCUUGAAGAUUUUUUUUUUUUUUUUUUAACUUAAUCCAAUUGGAAUACAAUUCCUUGACUUUGUUUUACAUAUGGUAUCUGAAAACACACAAAAACAUUUGGACCAUUUUCUUGACAUUUUCUUGGUUUUAUUUCAUUUUGUUACACUUGUUUUGUUCCCGGUCAAAAAUGACCGGCCAUUGGAAAUGAAUGGAUUAGACUACAAAAUACAGAAAUAUUAAGUGUUCAGGAGCAUCACAAUAUACAUUACCAACCAUUACUACAUGGUGAUUGACAACAUCAUCUACACUUUAGGCGAGCACAUAUGUGGAUGUGUAUUUGCACAACACACAACACACACAAACACACACACACACAAACACACAACAUGUAUGGAUCGUCUUUCCAUGUACACUCUUUGAGGAAUAUUUCAAGAUCUACUCAUCAUAUUAUGUUGUGUUUGGGCUCGUUUGAAUCUGGAUCGUCUGCUGUAAGUUACACUAUAUCACUGUCUAUGUUAUAUGUAUGUUUCAGGAAGUAAUAAGGAAUAACGUGACAAAAAGACACUCCUGUUCAUUAUAUUUAUGUGUGUCUGUGGGAAUUUUAUACACUAAAACUCACUGCAGUUUGACCUCUAAGUGAAACAAAUUCACUCAUUGCAUUUUACAAAUUGAGAGCUUUCCAACGAUAUAUAAUACAUGACUAUCUCAUCUUUUUAUUGUUUUAUGAACUCUAAAUAUUAUUGUUGUAAUUACAAAUUUGCAGAUGAUGAGAACGAAACAAUUCUUAUUUGUCUGCUAAUUAAAAAUCAUUAUUUAAGAAUUGGUAGGAUCAACUAUAUGCAUUGUAAAGUCCUGCUUCUAAACUUUAAAAUGACACGUAUUUUGUUCAGAUCAAGGAAGUGGUUAUUAAUUUAUUAUGCAAUUAUAUAUAUAUAUAUAAUAAGAUAGCACUAGCCCGAAAUGAAUCCUUCUAUCAAUAUAAAAUUAUAUAUUUUAAAAUAUGUUCAUAAUUACUAAAAAAAGAAGUUGAUAAAAAGAUAUAAUGCAAUAUCUUGUGAUAAUACAUGCAAUAAUAGAGAUUUACAAACAAUCUAAGUGGGCCGGUCAUUUUUGACCGGGAACAUAAACGAACACAACACAAGAGUUAAAAGUAGAUAAACCAUGCAUGUUGCAUGUAUAUAGACUGUUGGACAUUGUCAGUAGACAAAUUAAAUCAACUAGUGAAAGUGUGAAAAAAGUGCCUGAAUUUGAAGAAACACCCAAUUACAAGUUACCAAGUUGAAAAAAACGAUGUCUUAUUUGAACAUGGAAUUACAAGUUGGAAACUCUGAAUUUUAUGAAAGCUCUGACAGCAUGUAAAAACAAUGAAAAGCUCGUUCUUUGAUCCUUAAAACUUUGCAAACGAACAUAUGAAUUACUGUAGUGAUUAAGUAUUUACGAUAACACAGCCGCCCAUGGAGACCAAAAACACUCUCAGUCAUUCUAAUAAUUACGGUAAUUCCGACACAGUAUGACGAACAGUGAAAAGAGCGCAGACGAUACGCAUGAUUCAAUAAUUUUGAUUGUUGUUUCAGCUGGUGAUUUUGUUUUAAACUCCCUCAUAUUGUUUGUCCUGUUUUUUUCACAGACUCAAAGUGUUUAAGUGAAUCGUGACCUUUGUGUCGGCUCUGUGUGAUGCUUUUACUGAAGCUCGAGAGUUCCGGCUUGACAGAAUUUCCGAAACGAUGAAACGGCUCAUCAGCUUGACCUUUUCAAACCAUUACCGAACACUUCCGCUCGCAGAAAAACAGAAGGUGAAUGAAAAGCCUCUCUCUGUGACGGCCCGUCUGUGCUCACUGAGGUGAACGCUGCUUCACGCCUCUGUGUUCAGCUGUCAGAUGAAUUUUGUUUCAUCAGCACAUCUGAACGAGAGAAUACAACGAUUUCUGAAUGACUCUGUGAAUCUGUCCUGCAGUUUUGGAGUUACUGCCUUCAGUAAUUCAUCUCCAACAGUUGAACUGAGGAGAUGAACUCUAUUUAUCAUGUGAUGAAAUCUGAAAGUGAGUUUAGAAGGUUUAUGUCCCAAUCUUAAAGGGAUAGUUCACCCAAAAAAUCAUUUACACUCUCAGAACAGAGAUUAUGGGUAACAGAGGAAAGAACUGACAGUCUUACGGCUUCAUAACACCUUUUCUUCUAUCCACCUUUCCAUGAGAAUGAUUGUUUUAUCAUGACAUUGAAGACAUAGAUUUGAAAAUAUGACAUGAAAUGAACAGUUAUCAGAAAAAUAAAAAUGAUGUCAUCUUUAA